AUGGACUUCAUGGGGAACGGCAGUUUGGCUCGCAUCGUCAGUCCCGACGUGGAAUUCCCCGAGACCCACAUCGCCUACGUGUGUCGCAGCGUGCUGGACGCGCUGGCCUAUCUUCACAACAACCAGCAAAUCCACCGCGACAUCAAGAGCGACAACAUCCUGAUGAACGGCGAGGGCGAGGUGAAACUGGCGGAUUUCGGGUUUGCGGUGCUGCUGAAGUCGAAGGACCAAGUGCGGAAAUCGGUGAUCGGCACGCCGUUCUGGAUGGCUCCCGAGCUGAUUCGCGGCGAUGGCUACACGGACAAGGUGGACGUGUGGUCGCUGGGCAUCACGGCGCUGGAGAUGGCGAACGGCGAGCCGCCGCAUUAUCACAAGAAGCCACUGAAGGCGCUGCUGCUGAUCACGACGAGCCCGUCGCCGACGGUGGCGAACCCGGAGAAGUGGAGCGAUUCGUUCCAGGAUUUCUUGGCGCACGCGCUGGCGGUGGACCCGAAUGAGCGGUGGAGCGCGGCGCAGCUGCUGGAGCAUCCGUUCUUGGAGAAUACGUGUUCGGCGGAGGAGUUUAUUAGCUUUGCGAACGAGGUGCUGGCGAAGAAGAAGAAGGAGAAGAAGUAG